GCGGGGGCUUCCGGCUGUGAGGCGGUUGCGCUGGUCCGGUUCGGCCCGGCCCGGUCCGGGUAUGUGAGACCCGGGUCUGCACCUCCUGGAGUGGUGUUCCUGAUGUCCUGCCAUGGAUGGGGACAGCCAGGAUGAGCUGAUAAACCAGAAUGCUGCACUAGGCAAGGGCAAGAGACAGUGUUUGAUACUCCUGAGGAAAUCUGAAAACAAUGGUGGAAAUAGCUGUGAUUCAGAAGAUGACACCAGAAGUGAGGAGGAAAAUGAUGACACUGAGGAAGAGGGAGGUGAGGAGGACAGGGAAGAAAGUGAAGAUGAAGAAUUAGAAGAUUGUGAAGAUGAUGAUGAAGAGGAGGAGGAAGAAACUGAGUUUGCUGGGAGAGGAAUGAGCAGUUCUCUGAAAUUUGAGCCCCACGUGAAUGGAGCGAGCGUUUCCUCUGAUGAGGAUGGUGAAAACUGCCCCAUUUGUCUCAACACCUUCAGGGAUCAGGCUGUUGGAACUCCUGAGAACUGUUCCCAUUACUUCUGCUUGGACUGUAUUGUGGAGUGGUCCAAGAAUGCAAACUCCUGCCCUGUGGAUCGAAUCCUCUUUAAGUACAUUAGCAUUCGGGCACAUUUUGGUGGUAAAAUCUUAAAAAAGAUUCCUGUUGAGAACACAAAAGCUCAGGGUAGUGAUGGAGAGGAUGAUCCAACCUUCUGUGAAGUGUGUGGCAGAAGUGACCGUGAGGAUCGCCUGCUGCUGUGUGAUGGCUGUGAUGCAGGAUAUCACAUGGAAUGCCUUAAUCCACCUCUGAGUGAAGUCCCUGUGGAUGAAUGGUUCUGUCCAGGCUGUGCCCCCAUGGGUGGCAGUGCUGCUGCAGAUACAGACCAUGUCAGUGAGGAGGAGGUUGCUGCCCUGGUGGCUGAUGUUACUCCUACCACCAGUCGGCUGCGCCCGCACGUCCGGACCCGAGCGAUAGCCCGGACACGGCAGAGCGAACGGGUCAGGGCCACAGUGAACAGGAACAGGAUAACAACUGCCCAGCAAAUCCAGGUCCCUCAUGUCCCUCUCCUGGAUGAAACAAUUGAGGCAGUUGUAGCAGGCCUGAACACAGCCAUAACCAGCGACCCUCUUACACCACGGGCUCCUCCCAGGCAGAAAAGAAGAACAGGUAGAAGGAAGAAAGCAGGAGGCAAAAAAAGGACAAAAUCAUCUGCUGGGAAGAGGAGUUCAGGGACACAGCUGAAGAGACACAAGCGUCUGACAAAAAAGAGAAGGGGGAAGAAGAUGAGAGUGAGAUCACAUGUGAAAACUGAUGUGAGUACUCGCUCCCGCAUUGCCAGAGCCCUGGGGCUCAGCAAACCCCUGCGUGGGGCAUCCAUCCCUUCCAUCUACAAACCAACAGAGCCCUCUCUUGGGCUGAUGAGAGCAGACAUUGGUGCAGCUUCUCUCUCUGUGUUUGGAGAUCCAUAUGAGUUGGAUCCUUAUGAAAGUAAUGAAGAGAUUCGCAAUCCAGAUUCACCAGUGAGCACCAAAAGGAGAAUUCUCUCCCAGUCAGCACUGAGGUCUCACCGCCCUGUAGCCAGACCUGUUUCUCUGGGACUGCCCAGGAGCAGUGUACCUGCCCUGAGUCCUGAGCAAGAAGCAGAAGCUGCCCCCGUGCCUGAUCUGCUGGGGAGUAUCCUGUCUGGACAGAGCUUUCUCAUGAUGAGUAGUUCAGAUGUGGUCAUCAACAGAGAUGGUUCGCUGACAGCAAAGAAGGCAGCUCCACUUCAGAGAAAGUCAGCAAAUGACCUGAGAGUGGAUGAUGGUUCAGGACACAACAUCCCACUGAGUACACUGCACUCAGGGACCACAGCAGGCAGCUCCAUUGCUGGACCUUCAGUUUCCUCGGGGCUGGGUACUCCCACUAGACCCUCCUCCUCCUCCUCCUCAAGUUUGUUUUCAUUGCCUUCAGCCUCACUGAACAGGAUUGAACCUGCAGCAAACCCUGUGCAGACAAAACCGGAAAAGGCAACGGUAAAGUCAGAAUGCUCAAUGACACCCAGGUCUGUUCAGACUCAGAAUAUAGGUACUCUCAGCAGGCAUGGCUCCAAGUUAGGUGAGAUGACCAGAUUUAAUGGAAAUGCUAAAAAAUUUGCACCCACUGACUCAUCUUCAAAGCCCCUGAGCUGUAAUGUGAAUUCUGACUCAAAAGCUGUAACAGUGAGGCAGCCGUUAAAACCACCUCCCAAGAGAAUUGACAUCUUUGAACUUCCUAGGAUACCAAAGAUCAAAAAGGAGACCAGUAGCAAGCAGGUGGAGGCAGAAUCCACAGGAAGCCAAAGCUGUGACAUCCCCAGCUCCUGUAUAACCCAGCUGACUGGCAAGGAGAGCUCUCAUCAGCCAGGGAAGGGCAGCAAGGGGGAAAGUCAGAAGCCAAGUGCCAAGGAAUCUCAGCAGCAAAGGCAGACAAGUGGGGCAUCUUUUCCUACCAAUACAGGCAUGUAUAGCAGUUCAUCACUUCUGGGCAGUUCAGUCAGCAAAGGCCCAAGCUCUUUUGAGAGUUUUAAAAUCAAUAUUCCUGGCAAUGCAGGGCAUCCCAGCAGACUGUCUAACCCAGGAUUCUGUAACACCUUCCGCCCUGUGGACGAUAAAGCGCAGCAGAAGGAGAGUCCUUCACCUCUUUUCUCAGUUAAGAAAAAGCAGGUCAAAAGUGAAAUAUAUGAUCCCUUUGAGCCAACAGGAUCAGAUUCGAGUUCAGCAAGCAGCAGUCCUGAGAGGCUUGGCUCAGGGAUCCCACUAACUAACAUAACCAGGACUAUUUCGAUUGAAAAUCCCAAAGUUCAAACAUUUCAGACUGUCCGUCGUUUCACCCCUUGUGUGGUAGAAAAUACAUCUGGGUCUGGGGCUGACUCUGGCAUGCCAUCUGGUAGCACAGAGCCUCGUGGUAAUGUGGCUGGAGAAAGCAGGAUUGUGGAACAGAUCUCUGACACGGAGCAACAGGACAAUGUGGAUGAGGAAGAGUUUCUAAGCAGUCCUGGCGCUUCAUCGGCUGUUAAGCAAAUCUGUAAGGAAGAGUGUUUAAAGGAGGAAGGCAGAGAGGGCACUAAUGUGUUCUUAAAUGCUGAAGAAUUUAUUAGACCCAGUAUUAAUGUGAAACUAGAAGCAGAUAGUCCUGCAAAGAAUGAUAAGCAGCAGAAAGUCCAAAAGGAAGAACAAACAGAGAAGCGGUCGCGUUCCAGAUCCUGCUCGGACUCCAGCUCCCGAGGCAAGAAGAAGAUGAAAAGGAAAAAGGCACUUGGGAAGGAGCGUAAGAGAUCCCCAUCAGGGUCUAGGGAUAGAGCAAAGAGAUCCCCAUCAGGGUCUAGGGAUAGAGCACACUCAAGGGACCGAAGCUCCAGAUCUGCCUCUUGGUCAGGUGGAGAAGAACAAAGCAAAACACACACAGUGAAACCCAAGAGCAGGAGGUCUUCUACUGAGCGUUCUAGCAGCCAUGAACGAUAAAAAAAGAAAACUAAGGAGAAAACCAAGGAUAAAAAGGCAAAAGCUUCUUGCUCUAGGGAGAGAAGGAAAUCCAGGUCACAUUCAGUUAGUCCUGGGAGUACUUCUGAGUUUUAUGAAAGCAGGAAAAAGAAAAGACGGUCUCGGUCACGAUCAAGACGAAAACAUUCCCGAUCCAACAGCAGUGAGAGGACUAAAGACAGAAACACAGGAGAGGCAAAGCACGAGAGGUAUGAUAAAGACAGCAGCUUGAGGUCAAGAGACAGAAAGAAGUUAAGAAUCCAGGUCCCGGAGAGGAGGAAGUGGAGGUCUCGAUCUCGGUCUGCGUCUCGAUCUCGGGAACACAAAAGAGAAAUCAAAGGAAAAAGGCCACGAUCAAGAUCAUGUUCCAAAGAAAGAAAACACAGAUCAAGGGAGACCUCACUUCCCCCUCCACCAAAAAGACAGAAGCCUCCAGUUGAAAACGUGUCCACGUUUCUGGAGCAACCCCACUCCUUCAAACAAGAGCCAAAGGAGGAGCUAGUGCUAGAAGAGCUUUCCAUAACCAUCCAGCCAAAUGUCAAACUUGAGGAAAUGCAGCCUGAGACCCGAGCUCAGUAUCAGGAGGCCCAAGCUGUAAUGGUAGAUCCCACCUGUGAGAAAGUGAGCAGUGAAACUGCAUUCCCUGUGCCAGAGAUCACAAACAUUAGUGUUCCAGUUGGCAGUGUGGGAUUCUUCGCUGAAACAGAAUUAAUGAGUAGCAGUGAUCCAGCCGUGCUUGGGAGCUGUAGCAAUACAAACCUUGAGAUUACAGUUAAAAGAAAUACUUCAUUGUGUCCUCUGAUGGAGCCUCCCCCAAAGAAAGAAGUUAUUGUGCACAUUCCAACAGAGACUGCACCAAGUCAAAGCUUGCAAAGCAAAAUUCCAGAUUGUGUGAAGGAGGUUAAAGAUGAGUGCCUUGUGUCCAGUGAGAAAACCAGUCAUUUCAGUAAGCCUGAACUGGAAGUGGUACCUCAGGGUUCUGCACUGAAAUCAAAAGCACCGGUGAAAAGAGUUACCUGGAAUCUUCAAGAGGAAGAAAGUGGCACAUUGGCUGCUGGAAAAGCUCCAAGGAUGCCAUUUUACAAACUUCAGCGAGCAAAAGAAGGGGCCUGGAAAGCAGAGGACUUGAACCAAACAUUAAAUCAGGUGACCUGUCAAAAUUUACCUCUGACAGCACCUCUGCCUCCAGCUCCCCCCUAUGCCCCUGUCAGCCAGCCCACAGUGCAGUUCAUCAUGCAGGGCAGUCCAGCACUUGGCUGCGUGGCAGGACAGAGCCUGACUCCAGAACCAGGCAGCUUGGCUACUGCAUCUGAACCAGGGAUCCAGGCUGCUUCCAUUGGAAAUGCAGGAAAGAUCAAAGCACCCAAUCUCCAGUGGAUAAAAAUGAAAAACGAAGAAUACAUGAAAAAGCUUCACAUGCAGGAACGGGCUGUGGAAGAAGUGAAACUUGCUAUUAAACCCUUUUACCAGAAGAGGGAGAUUACAAAGGAGGAGUACAAGAACAUUCUUCGAAAAGCAGUGCAAAAGAUAUGCCACAGCAAAAGUGGAGAGAUCAACCCUAUGAAAGUAGCUAACCUGGUGAAGGCAUAUGUGGAAAAAAUACAAACAUAUGAGGAACAUAAGAAAUCUGAUGGUGCAGAGCCACGUGAAGCAGAAAACUGAAGGCAGACCACAGCAAAGCAUGACUUGGCCUAAAGCUUCUCCUGGCUGCAGACACUGUGCCAGAGGGAACAGUGGAUCUGCAGUUGCAUCUCAUUGAAAAUACCCUGGGAGAAGCAAGGUUAUAAUAGAACUUAUCUGUGGAACCUUCUUUUGAAUUGUUUCCAUAUGGGAAUGAAUUUAGGGUUUGUUUCUUUUUUAAUUACCUACAGAACUAAGUAACAGUGAAAUGCCUCAGACCAGCAGAGUAAUUCAAGAGGAAACACAGAAGAGAUUCAAUGUUUGGACUCCUGGAUUGCUAGUUUUCAGGGUUACUUUGGUUACACUUUUGGGCUGUGCACCUGUCCUUGCUAAAGAUUUGAAAACUGGAGACCAUUUUUCCUAUAUAGUAUCUUGAAAGCUGUAUCCUGUUUCUGUUGUGUUUAUUUAUCAAAAUAUGGAUUGGUCUUUAGAAACUUCUGAUUUAAAUACUUGAAAUGUUGUCUUUUAGCCCUUUUGAUGGUGAGCAAAGCUUUACUUGCUCUGGCAUCUGGGGAUUGCAGAAAUGAGCUAACCUUUAUAAACUUCAGAAGCACUACCCAAGCCCUGCUGUAUUUACAUUCUGUUGGAACUACCUUGUUAGUGAAGAGUUUAAUUUCAGAGUGGGGGACUGUUGCACUUCUGUAAAUAAUGCACUGAUGGCUGGUUUUGUGGUCUACCUUUGAGGGGAAAAAACCAAAAACAAGCAGCAAGCAUUGUGAAUUUUCAGUAACAAGCUGGAGGGAUAAGGUUGAACUGAUGUACAGAGCAGAUAUGUGACAGAAUUUAUAAAAUUAUUUUGACUGGUUUUUGUCCCAUA